AUGGAAGAAAACCCGCCAAAUGAUUCCGAGUUGGAAUCUUUCCGACAAAAAUGGCGAACUGAACUGCAGUCUAAGAGGCCACCCCAAGAGUCUCGCGGAGCACGGAAGAAUGCCGGACCCUCAUCAUCCAAGGCACCCGCGCCUCCCGAACACUCCAGUACUACUUCAGCAACUAAGAGGUCUCAAAUAGAAGAAGACGAGGAAUACGCCCGGGCCUUGACUUUCGAUGAACCGCCACCUCUAUCGUCAGGGAGGACCUUGGAGAAUGCUGCAGGACCAACAAAGGCCGAGGAAAAGGAGCUGGUCUCGGCCCUGGACCAUUUUGAAGAGGCAGUAGAGAAGGAAGCCAUCGGCAACCUCGGCGACAGCUUGAAGCUCUAUCGCAAGGCCUUCAGGCUCGACCACCGUGUGGACUUGGCUUACAGAAAGAAACACUUUCCAGCAGCAGUGGGGAAGCCUGCGCAGCCCAGCACAUCAGCUACGUCGGCAGCUACCCCGGCCGUGGCGGGCAAGUCCGUAGAGACGCAGCAGCAAACAAUUAGCGAGCUCAUCACAAGCUUCUCCGGACUCUCUGUUGCAGCUGCGCCCCCUCCGGUAGAAGGCGAUCCGGCACCGCCUUGUCCGAUAGCUGAGGUGCCAGAGGAAAUUCUGCUCCACAUCUUCAAAGAAGUAGCUAUCCUCGAUGUAGGGGACUACGUGCGUUUGUCCCUCGUGUGCAAACGCUUUGCCUACAUAGUUGCCACAGAAGAGUCCAUCUGGCGGCGCGUCGCUCUCGGCACCGAGUUCGGUUUCGCCGGCAUGCACCAUCACUGGCAAAGGGGCAUCUACUGGGAGCCCCUGGAGGAGGAAGAAGAGAUAGAGGACACCGAGUUCGUCAGCAUGCGGGAGCUCGCGCAACACCGUGAGGAGGAGAAGGAAGUAAACACCCUCGCCCUGUUCAGCGAGCUCUACUCCUCCUCGUGGCGGAAGCUGUGGCGACACCGUCCCCGCGUACGCUUCAACGGCUGCUACAUCUCCACCGUCAACUACGUUCGAUCCGGAGGCGCCAACGCGAACCAGAUCACCUGGAACACCCCCGUCCACAUCGUAACGUACUACCGGUACCUCCGCUUCUUCCGCGACGGCACCGUAAUCAGCCUCCUGACUACCUCUGAGCCGGCCAACGUCGUGCACUACAUGACCAAGGAGCACCUCGAACAGCACAAAGACGGCGCAGCCCCCUACCUGCCGUCCAUCGUUAUGCGGGACGGAUUGAAAGGGCGUUGGCGGUUGUCUUCAGUCCUGGACUACCCAGACGCGCCCCUGGGCGAGGCGGAGGGGGAUUUGAUCAUUGAGACCGAGGGCGUCGCGUCCAGGUACAUAUACCGAAUGGAUCUAUCGAUGCAGAAUGUGGGAAAGCGCGCUCGGAACACGAAGUUGGUGUGGAAGAGCUUCUCCAGCUACAACAAGCUGACGGACGACUGGGGCGAGUUUGGACUGAAGAACGACAAGCCCUUCCAUUUUAGUAGAGUCAAGAGUUACGGCGUCGGUGCGUGA